AUGGAACGAUAUCUUCGUCAACAUAAUAUAGCAUUAGUAGAUUCUAAUGACAAAAUAAGAGGCCGGUAUAUUACAGCGAGUAAACAUAUACCCAAAGGUUCCAUUAUCAUUACAUCGCAACCCUUAGGUACAGUGAUUUUACCGCAAGCUAAUAAAGACUAUUGCAAUUAUUGCUUUCGGAAGCAGCCUAACCUACAACGCUGCUCUCAGUGCAAGCAGGCCUACUUUUGUGAUAUGGCCUGUUUCAAGAAUGCAUGGCUCAGCUAUCAUCAAUAUGUAUGUAAGAAAGCAACAACCGAUACAUUGGUACCAGAGGGAAGAACGCGAAAUGAAGAGCAUGAUAUGGAUUCGGAAAUGCUUCAGAAGGUGGCCCUUAAUGUUUUGAGAUUCAAGAAACGGAUGCAACAAGAGGAAGCAAGAAGAAUGCAUAAUACUAUAGAUAAAGAGGAAGAAACAGUAGAGGCUACAAUGGAAGCAUUUUUCAGCCUAAUGGGCCAUGAUACGUUACAAAAUGAUAAAGUGAAAGAGAAACGCCGAUCGCUAGCAAAAGAGGUUUCAGAAAAGUUAUGCAUGCAAGAGCAGGGCAUACAUUUAAGUGUGGAAGAGUUAGUUCACUAUCUGAAUGUGUUCAGCGCAAACAAUUUUAAUAUUGAUGAUAUUAAUAUGUUUCCCAUUGGUGAGGGCACUUAUCCCAUUGCUUCGUUAUUCAAUCAUUCAUGUCGACCCAAUGCUGUUGUGAUGUUUGACGGUGCUAUCGCUGCCAUUCAUGCUAUUGAAGACAUCCAACCAAACUCAGAGAUUACUAUAUCUUAUGUGGACCCUGCUCAUUCAAGAUCGCAUCGCCAAAAGGCUCUGAAGGAUAAAUACUUCUUCGCAUGUCAAUGUCCACGUUGUGGUGGUGGCAACAGUUAUUUAAGUUUAAUCGACGAUAUUCUAGGCGAAGAAGAAUCAGACUGGGAAAAAGCGGAGGAUUUACUGUUAAAAUUGCAGUCGCAACAACCUCAGCAAUCACAAACAUCGAAAAAGAGAGCAUGCAUUUUAAAGCAUCUGGAAGAAUGGGAUUUGCUGGAAAUGUGUCAGAAAUUUGAUAGGAAAAGUGAUGGGAAUCUCCAGCCGAAUCAGUCUUUGGACAUUGCUUCUUAUACACAUUAUUUUAUCCAAUUCUUUGCACCUUAUUUACUAACCUGGAAUAGACUCGAUCUACAUCAACAAACUACGACAGUGACUAGUCCUCCAACUACUAAUUUUAAAGAGGAAUUAAAUGAUUUUGAUGACCCUUUGCCGUCCAUAGCCCGACCCAAGGUGCCAUCUACUUACGAUGAUAUAAUGGACACAUGUAUCAGAAAAAUAGUGUCGUAUGCAAACAACAGUAACAAGGGCAAUACGAAUGAGAUUAAGCCUUACCGCUUGUCGACAUUAUCUACCUGUACGAGAUUAUUUUAUGAUGAAAUGGGAGAAGGACAUUGGAAAAAUGCGGUUAAACUGGGCAUGUAUAUUUUGAUUCAGUACUGUUUAGUUUAUCCCCCUUAUCAUCCCAUGCUGGCACAACACUUUUUGGUCCUAGCCAAAGCAUGUUGGAAUUCAAUCAUACAAUCUGAACUUAUCAAUGAUAGUUUAAGAUUGGAUAAAGUGUACGAAAGGGGCGUUCGUAGAUGGAUUGUGUCUUCUAAAGAAACUGUUUCAGUUGCUUUCGGAAAGCAUAGUCAAUUAUGGAGGGAAACAUUAGAAUUAGAGUGGAUAUUUUUGAGAGAACAAAAAUUAAAAUAA